CUCUUAUUUCACAUUCCAGAUAGCUCUGACGAACAUAUUCGAUAAAACUUGAUCCUUCAAGAUGGAAAAUGGCCAUGAAGAUCAUGAUGAUACUCAAAUUGAGGAAAUCCCAGAUGAAUUUCAGUGCUGUGUUUGCCUGGAACUUUUGUAUAAACCAGUUGUGCUAGGGUGUGGCCACAUUGCUUGUUUCUGGUGUAUAUUCAAAGCUAUGAAUACUUGGAGGGAAUCAAACUGUCCCAUUUGUCGACACCCAUAUCAUCAUUUUCCUAGUCUUUGUGGAUUGAUGCACUCUUUGCUUCUGAAGUUGUACCCUUUAGCUAGUGCAAGAAGGGUAAAACAAGUAGCAGAGGAGGAGAAAGAAGUAGGAUCUUGCUCACCUGAGUUUGAUGAUGAUUUAUCAGAAUCCGGCUGCAAGACAGAUCAUGUUCCGGACACUGCUUCACCUCAUUCUGUCUCGUUGCAGAAAUGUGGUUCAGUGGGAGAAGGAGAUCAUUCCUCCGUAGAUGUUUCAUUAGAUACAGUUGUUCCUGCAACAUCGAGUUCCGAAAUCAGUAAGGACGCAAUAUCAAAGAAUCUUAACUUUGCAGAUGAACAUACCAGUGCAAGUGAAAAGCAGGUGCUUAUGACAGAUUUGCUUUGUGGUAUCUGCGAGCUAUUGUUAUGCAAACCUGUUGUUCUUAAUUGUGGCCAUGUUUAUUGUGAAAAUUGUGUGAUCAAUCCUAGCGACAAGCUUUGUAGAUGUCCAGUUUGCCAACUGGAGCAUCCAAAUGGAUUCCCCAACGUUUGUUUGAUUCUUGAGCACUACCUGGAGGAGCAAUUCCCGAAGUUGUAUGGCGAAAGGAUAAGGGCAUCAGUGGAAAGAUCUGAUUGUCAGAUUCCAUCAAAACGAAAUCGGGACGAAGCUGCUGGCUGCAAAUCAGUGCCUGGAUUUGAUCUUUCAUCAUGGUUAACGGGUGGAGGACCACAGGUUCAUUUUGGAGUUGGUUGUGAUUAUUGUGGGAUGUGUCCUAUCGUUGGGGAGCGAUUCAAAUGCAAAGACUGCACGGAGAAAAUAGGCUUUGACCUUUGUGAAGGAUGUUAUAAAAGCUCGUCAAAGCUCCCGGGCAGAUUUAACCAGCAACACACUCCAGAACACCAAUUUGAGUUAAUACAGGCACUUCAAGUGAGAAAUGUUGUACUGAGGGUUCAACCUGAACGAUUAGAAGGGGACAACUCCGAUUUCCAACUUGAAUACGGAGAGCCAAGGCCCCUUGAGCUGCUGCCCCUGGAAGAAGAUUCCUCAGAGACCAACUCACCUCGAGACAAUCUAAGAGACGGUCAAGGGGGGAACAUAUCCUCAAAUGGUACUGGAGACAACGACGGAGGGAGAGAAUCUGGAGACACAGAUUAGGUAAACGUUACUUUGACAGUUGUGGUCACUAUCUCAAUCAGACCUCUGUGAAUUAGGAAUGAAGGCCCUAACGACCCAUAUGUGAAUGGCUUCUCUGGUCCUACUCUUAGUGGGAUUUCACAGGGAAUAUUGUUCUUGUUGUUAUAUACUGUACAGCUUUAUAUCGAGUAUCAAAGUUACUACGCGGUUGGACCUUUGUACAUUGUAUUCAUAUAAUAAUCGAAAAGAGAGUUAUGCUUCAUGCAAUCUAUUUGAAAGAGAA